UAAUAAUAAUCUGAGCGGGGCGGCCAUCUUGCCUGUGCUCGCCGAGGCAGGGAGAGAGUGGAAGUGAAGACGGAGGAGAACCGCAGCGGGAGGGAACAACACGCGGAUGUUUAUAUUUAGUCAGGCCGGGAUAAUUUACACGACGGGUCCACCGCCACCCUGAGGAGAAUCUGCCUGGUUCUGUCUGCGGUUUGUAGUUUUCCUCCUCGGGAUCCAGUGAGGAAACCCUCUCCCGUCAAACCAGUGGGACUGCUAGCUGGGUACCCAAGCUAACUGCUAGCCGGGCCAACUAGCUGUUCGAUGACCGAGCUGUGGUCAUCAGUGGCGAAUUGUGGGCUUCAGCCCCGCUCGGUAAAAUUGUGGCUGCUUGUGGAGGGCUGUUUUCCAGGCGCGGACUCUGAUCCAGGAUCAUACCACCAAGACGUCGUUCGGAGCCACGUCAUAUGUUUAUUUUACAUUAAAAAAAACACGUUAUGAACAUUUCGGGUUCAACUUUACCUUAAAUGUGACGGUCGGCCAAGAGAAAAGUGGAAGGUUUUUGUAAAUAAAAGGCGAAAUUUGGAGCGACUUUACCACCAACUAGCUACAGAUGGAGCUCCGCUUAAUCCCGCUUCGGAAAUUCACUAAAUCGGUGCAGAUCGAUGAAAAUGUCCUUUUUGAUGCCUGAGAAAAAGGCUGUGUUCCUGCUCCAGUUUGCACCUAGUUCGACUGUAAGCUGCCAAGUGUAUGACUGCCAGUGACUUUACCUUUAAUUACACAGUGAACCGGCACGCUCAGCUGUGUUUGAUCCCGAUGAAGAGACCUGAAAGUCAGAUGAUAUUACCUGAUUUGUCGGCAGUGCAGGCUGUUAGCAGAUCCUCUCUAGUCAGGCCUGUCCUCAGAUAAACGGGAUAUAUCUGCAGCUCCGUGGUCAAGAUUUAACUCAUUUCAUGGUGGUUAAAUGUGUCAUAUUUUAUCACGUUAAACCGUUAAGGCCAGAACUGUAAUAGGAGUCCAGACCGAGAAAUGCUGCAGGCUCUCGGUGUCCGCCACCAGUCCAAGAUAGUUUGAAGGGACGUUAAUCCUGGUUUUCUUCUUUUUGGAUUAUAACUACAGUAACGGAUUUCUGUCUUUGGAUCCACAAUGGGAUCAGCGACCAAACUGGCCUUCAGUGUGUUCCUCAUCUCCUGCUCCUCAGGUGCAAUCCUGGGUCGCUCAGAGACUCAGAAAUGUGUUCACUACAACUAUAGUCCUCCAUCAUCAUCCUCCUCCUCUUUGGCGUUGGAGGGACGGGGUAACGUCAGCGGGGUGGUGACCUGCUCCGGGGAGAAAGAUAAGAGGCUGCACUGCUUCGCCACCUGGAAGAACGUCUCAGGAGCUGUCCAGGUGGUCAAACAGGGCUGCUGGCUGGAUGAUGUCAACUGUUACGACAGGAGUGAGUGUGUGGAGAAGAAAGAUGCUCCUGAAGUCUUCUUCUGCUGCUGUGAAGGCAGUUUGUGUAACGACAAGUUCUUCUACAGCCCUGACAUUAUCGAGCCACCAAUACCCACAACAAACAAACCAGUGACGUCUCCGCCUCCAGUGCUAAAGACUCUGAUGUACUCACUGGUUCCCAUCAUGGCUGUCACUGCCAUCGUCCUCUUCUCGUUCUGGAUGUACCAACACCACAAACUAGCUUACCCACCUGUACUGGUGCCCACACAGGACCCUGGCCCCCUUCCCCCCUCCCCAAUCCUGGGCCAGAAGCCUCUGCAGUUGCUGGAAAUCAAAGCCAGGGGGCGCUUCGGCUGUGUGUGGAAGGCUCAGUUGCUCAGUGAAUAUGUCGCCGUCAAAAUCUUUCCCAUACAGGACAAACAGUCGUGGCAGAACGAGUUCGAGAUCUACAACCUGAAUGGGAUGAGACAUGAAAACCUGCUGCAGUUCAUUGGAGCUGAGAAGAGAGGAAGUAACGUGGACAUGGAGCUGUGGCUCAUCACCGCCUUCCACGAAAAGGGUUCUCUAACAGAUUACCUGAAGGCCAACGCUCUCUCCUGGUCUGAACUAUGUCUCAUUGCUCGGUCCAUGUCUCGAGGUCUUGCUUACCUGCACGAAGACAUACCUGGACACAAAGAUGGACACAAACCAGCCAUCGCCCACAGGGACUUUAAGAGUAAGAACGUCCUGCUGAAGUCCAACCUGACCGCCUGCAUUGCUGACUUCGGCCUCGCCCUCAGGUUUGAGGCAGGAAAAUCUCCAGGAGAUACCCACGGACAGGUGGGAACCAGGAGGUACAUGGCCCCGGAGGUCCUGGAGGGGGCCAUUAACUUCCAGAGAGAUGCCUUCUUGAGGAUCGACAUGUAUGCCCUGGGUCUGGUACUGUGGGAGCUUGCCUCGCGCUGCAAAGCUGCUGACGGUCCAGUUGACGAGUACAUGCUACCGUUUGAAGAGGAGGUGGGUCAGCAUCCGUCUCUGGAGGACAUGCAGGAGGUAGUGGUCCACAAGAAGCUGAGGCCGAUGCUCAGAGAGUGCUGGCAGAAACACGCUGGUCUGGCGUUGCUCUGUGAAACCAUCGAGGAGUGCUGGGACCACGAGGCCGAGGCUCGGCUGUCGGCCGGCUGCGUGGAGGAGCGAGUCGUGCAGAUGCAGCGACAGACGAGCGUCACGGCGCCUGAGGAGAUCGUCACAGUUGUCACCAUGGUAACCAACGUGGACUACCCGCCUAAAGAGUCGAGCCUAUGACCGGGCUCUGGACCAAUUAGGACGGAGCAAGGACUCGCUCAGUGAAAGCUCUGUCUCUGAUUGUGGGUCGAGCCAGUGACCACGUCAGUAGUCAGGUGACCUGCCAACAGGUGGCCUCCGGCUGCAGGUGAGUCUCAGACUGAUGAACGGCUCUGUAAACUGGAGGAAAACACGGCGGAGAGUCUCUCUGUCAUCAGUUCCUGUUUUUUACUACAAAAUAAGACUUUUUCUACGAUAAUGUGAGGAUGAAACAAUUUGUCUGAUUUCAGUAUAAAAAGGGCGACUUUAGUUUUUAGACACAUGCUGUUUGUUUCUCUGAAUGAUGUAAUGCCAAUAAGAAACAGCUUCUGAAUGUCUGUAUCACUGCUGUGUAUAUAUACAGAUUAUUAUUAUAUACAUACAUUUAGGUACUUAAGUAUUUGGACAGGGACAAAAUUUUCCUAAUUUUGCCUCUGUACACCACCAGAGUGGAUUUGAAACGAAGGAAUCCAUAUGUGAUGGGUGAGGUGUGGAUUUUCAGCUUUAAAUAAAGGGGUUUAACAAAAAUAUCACAUUAGCCGUUUAAGAAUUAUAGCCAUUUCUACACAUAGUCCUUCAUUUUAAGAAAAUUAAUUGGACAGUUAACUGACAAUCAGUUUCAUGUUCAGGUGUGGCCUGUUACUUCAUUAUUUCAUGACAAAUUAAGCAGAAAGAAAAUCGUGGGCGGAUUCCAAGUGUUGAAUUUGCAUUUGGUAGCCGUUCGUGGUUUCAAGACAUCGGGCAGUCAAUGACCACAAAGGAUUUUCAUCCAAAUAUUCAAAAUAGUCCUUAUAUGUAUAAUUAUGUUGGUUUGUCCGAUUACUUUUGAGCCUCUGAAAAUGAGGGACAAUGUAUAAAAAUGGCUGUAAUUCCUAAAUGGAUAAUGGGAUAUUUGAAUUAAAGCAGAAAGUCUACACUUCAGUCACAUCUUGAUGACUUUGUUUCAAAUCCGUUGUGGCGGUGAACAGAGGCAGAAUUAUGAAAACUGUGUCAUAGUGCAAAUACUUAGUCCUAACUGUAUACAGAUAUGUUGAGAGUCAGAGAGAAGAGUCUAAUCAUCAGGUUAUUGAUCGACACAGGAAGUCUCUCACAUCAAACAUACCAGGAUGUUUCUUUUCUUACCUCUGACGUUUGGUUCUUUAACAUCAGAGGAGAAACUGGAGUCGACCGUUUGAUUCUCUGGUACCAAACACUGACUGAUAUGGAAGAUUCAAACAUUUAAUUUAAAUAAAGUCAAAGAAAUAAAGAGAAGUGACACAUAGUCAUAUAUGGAAACUGAGGUAGGCCUUAUUUGCUCCUGUGGCAACAUAACUCAGUAACUUUGAUUAACAGGAGGAUUAUCUGUUGAAUUAUUUUCUGUUACCCAGUAGCAUUAACAAUAAAACAACAUCAAAUACAGUUAAAGACAGAAAACCCUGAGAAACUCUGAGAACACAUGUUGAUUAUUUUCAAUCUAUCAGUAGCAGUCAAGAUGGACCUUUUUUCACUGUCGUCACUGAAAAUAAUCAUUAGUUUCUGACCGAAUAACAUCUGUCAUGUUUGACUUUAUUUCUUAAUUUGACUUAUUUUUUUAACCUAAAUCUUCCAUUGAAUUCACUUUUAAAUCUGAAACUGAGAGAAAGCGACAAUCAAAACAUGAUUUUAUUUUUUUUAUAAAAUUGUCAAAACCGUGUCAAGUUCAUUCAGUCAUGUCAUCCAGUUUCUCCUCGUCAGAAACCAAAGAAUCAGAACCAGUCGAGCUGCUGAUCAAUAACAUUAAUAACUGAUCAGCCGUUUUCCCCUGAAAGAAUAAAACUAAACCACUGUUGA